CCAGCAAUGAAGAUCCGCAGUAUUGAGCGAAACUGCACUCUCGCUUGGUCUCCUGCUAACCAAGAUGUGCUAUUGGCUCUUGGAACUGUUUCUGGCGCUUUAGACGCUUCUUUCUCUUCAUCCACCGAGUUGGAGUUGUUUGACAUUAACAUUGCUGGUACUGCACUAACUCCUAAUGGCACUACGGCCACUACAUCAAAAAGCAUGCGGAAAGUGGGUUCUGUUCCUAUGAAUGCUCGUUUUAAUCGACUUGCUUGGGGUGCUCCUGGUACCCAAGGCACUCUGAAGAAUGGCUUGAUUGCUGCAGGCAAAGAGAAUGGCGAAUUGGAUUUACUCAAUCCUCACUUGAUCCUUGACGGAAAGUCUGACAAAGAAUCGCUGAUUGCUCGUCAUACUACUCAUGGUGGUCCUGUGCGUGGUCUUGACUUUAACCCAUUGCAUAAAAACUUGCUUGCUUCUGGUGCGUCGGAUGGUGAAAUCUCAAUCUGGGACUUGAAUACUGUCAAAUCAUAUGCUCCAGGUGCGCGCUCUCAAAGACUAGAUAAUGUCACUGCACUUUCUUGGAACAGACAAGUUCCACAUAUUCUCGCCAGUGCAAGUAACAGUGGAUAUACAGUUGUUUGGGAUUUGCGUAAUCGCAAAGAGAUCAUCCAGCUUUCAUACCCAGGCGGUAGAAAACCAGUGACUUCUCUUGCUUGGAAUCCAGAUACGCCUAUGCAGAUGGUGACCGCCGUAGAUGAUGACAUGAACUCGAUGCUCCUUAUGUGGGAUCUUCGUAAUGCCAGUGCACCUGAGCGCACUUUUUCUGGACAUUCAAAAGGUAUCUUAUCGGUUGCCUGGUGCCCAAAGGAUUCCGAACUGCUCUUGUCUUGUGGAAAAGACAACCGUACAAUUGUCUGGAACACUGUGCAGGGUGAGCCCAUUGGUGAUUUGAAUCACUCGGCAAAUUGGACUUUUGAUGCUCAGUGGUGUCCAAAGAAUCCCGAUCUGAUCGCAGUAGCCAGUUUUGACGGUUGUGUUACCAUUCACUCACUUCAAAGCAUUGCCUCUGAAGAGCCUGACUUUCAAGAUAAUACUGUCCCCUCCGAGUCGCAUAUUGAUGACGAUCCAUUUGCUCAAGUUAGUCGUCAGCAAACUCUAAACGAUCCAGAUGCGCCAGUAUUUGUUCUUCGUCAUCCACCAAAAUGGCUAUGUCAACCAGCAGGCGCCACAUUUGGUUUUGGUAAUAGGCUUGUCAGGACGAAACCUGCGCAAGGCAAAAGUGUCGUAUCCAUUCACACUGUCCAUAGCGAUGCUGAAAUUUCUCAACGAAUAGAUUUGCUUAGUCGUGCUUUUCAAAGUGGGUCUUAUGAGGAACUGGUUCAAUAUUGUGAUACACUAUCUUCACCUGAAACUGGGUUUACUCUUAGCGAAAAGGACCGGGAGGUGUUCAAGUUUUUCAAAGCCAUGGUUUCUUCUACUUCACGAGACGAUAUUGUUCAGAUGCUUGGAUUUGAUAAAAACUUGAUUGCAGAUGAAAGAUUAUCUGGGCUCUUCAAACGGUUAAAUGUCAAACCAGUAUUGCCUACAGACGAGCAAUCUGUCACAAAUGAGGAUGGUAGUAUUGCUACAAAAUCAGGAUCUAAAUCGACAGCUACACCUUUUUCCUUGUUUGCAAUUGGUAAACCUACCGAGGAUUCUGAUAUUGACACUUUGAUCACGAAAGCUCUUAUGCUGAGUGAUUUUGAAACUGCUGUGAAUAUUUGUCUUGGAGCAAACCGUCUUGCAGAUGCUCUGGUAUUGGCAGUCAGUGGAGGUGAAGAGCUACUUUAUCGUACUCAGCAAGAGUAUUUCAGACGAACAUCUAAAUUCAAACCCUAUUCUCGUAUUCUCCAGGGUAUUGUUGAUGGCGAUUUAAUGGAUGUAGUUGAGAAUGCUCGUGUGGAUGGACUGGGUGGUGGUAGCUGGAAAGAUCUUGUUGCCCUUGUUUGCACUUAUGCCAAAAACGACGAUUUUUCUAAACUGAUGGGAAUGAUUGGUUCAAGGCUUGAGACUACUGGGUCAUCACUGGCGUUGACAGGAACGCAUACAACGAUGCCUUCUAUAUCAGGAAUCAAGCGGUCUCCCAUGCUUACUGCUUCCGAUCGUGAACGUAACCAUGCCGCGAUACUGUGCUAUAUCGGUGCUGGUAAUUUUGACAAGGUGGUGGGUGUAUGGUGUCAGAACGAACCGGCAGAUGUAACCAAACCCCCACCUGUUACUGGCUUAUCUACUCGUCUUCCUUCUCCCACACACGCCAGUGCUGUCAAAUCUGCGGCAUCCCCCAAAUUGGCUUUGCAAACUUUGAUAGAAAAGAUUUUCAUUCUUUCGUCUGUUGUGCAAUUUGUUGAUCCUGAGCUUAAUGGUCUUAUGGAUGGACAGACUGAGUAUGCUCUUGCACCACUUUAUGCCAAAUAUCUUGAUUACGCAUCAAUGGCUGCUCAUGCAGGAAAUAUCGAAUGUGCAUGGCGUAUACUAGAGCUUGUUCCUAAUGCAUUUACAACUACUCCAGCUCCACACGCUUCUUUUGAAAAUAAUCAAGCUGGUGAUGACAAUGGCUUUGAUACUCUUGCUACUGCACAAGCAGAUCAAGUGGUUUCUACUGAUCCUGUUGCAAUUUUGCGCGAUUUGGUAUACCAGAGCGGUGGGUAUCGCAUACAUCAGGUUGGAUCUGCUCCUGCUUUCCCCUUUAGUCCAUUUGAACUAGCAAAACCUUACGAAGAACCCGUAUACACUCAGCAGCCAGCAAACUCGUAUAAUUAUGGCGGGCAAAGCAAUCAAAAUCAGUUUAAUAUUGGUAACGCUUGGGCUCAGCCCAGCGUACCUCAUACUUCUCGUCAGCCAUCGUUUGGAGGGUAUCAGCCGCAACAACAGGCGCCUACACCACCUGUUGCUAUGCAACCGUCUAUGUAUGGUGGUGCUGGUUUCCAACCACAGCAGCAACAACAAAACACAUGGAAUCAUUCCAACCAGCAGUCAUAUGGUGGAAACUCUGCUUACGGUGGUUAUCAGGGACAGCCAUCGUUCCAGCAGCAGCAGCAAGCACCUUCGGUUGGCGUGCCUAGUUUUCAGCCUGCAUAUGCUCGAUCUACAAGUGUACCGCCGCAAUCGAAUCCUUACGCGCCUAUGCAAACUAUGCAGCAGCAGCCACCCAUGUCUCGUACGUCUUCUGUGUUAUCUCCACCAAUUACUACACCAGCAGUGCCAGCCAAACACCCUGUUGGUGACCGAUCGCAUAUUCCUGAAGGUCAAAAACCGUGCUUCAAAAUCCUUCAGCAUCACCUGGAUGACUUUAAAGAUUCAGUGCAUGUUGGAGCAACUGGCAGUGCUGAUCCACAUCUCAUGAACUCAUACAGGGAUGCAGAAAAACGGCUUGGUCAAUUGUUUGAUCAAAUGAAUAAUACUGAAGUACCGCAAGAUGUUGCUGAAAAAUUGCUACAGAUUGGAAAGGCACUGGAUAAAUCGGACUUUGUUGGCGCACAUCGUAUCCAAGUUGAUCUAAUGACUCGAAGGUUUGAUGUAUGUGGAGUCUGGAUUGUUGGAAUAAAGCGAUUGAUCGAGUCGUUGGAGCGUAUUAAAAUGGGUCCAGUUGGAUCCUCUCAUCAGGGACAUGCUGGAUCACCAAAUGACGGGUUGGUAUCACCUGGAAUGAAUGGUCAACAACAGCCAUCUUUAGGUUAUCAGUCUUCUCCGCCAAUUCCUAUGGGUGCAAGCAAUGGGCAAAGACCAUCCAUGUCAUACGGAAACAAUGCUGCCUUUCCACCUUCUCCUUCGCUCGGAUAUGGUGGAUCUCAUAUGCAACAGCAGCCUCUUGCACCGCCGCCGCUUGCUGGUCCACCGCCAAUUGGGAGUGGUCGACCAAGUAUAUCGCCAUACCCAUCUACAAUGCCAACACAGAACCACAUGCCAUUGGCACCACCCCCGAUCGCUGGAUCUUCUCAGCAUAUGCAAAAUGCAUUCCCACCGACUAUAAGCAAUGGAUCCAAUACUCAACAAACACCACCACCUCCCACAUCAUUAUCAACAUUUGGUGCUCCACCACCUGGCAUGUCGGCCCCGCCCCCCACAACAUCCACAUUCAAGGCAUCAAUGCCUCCACAUACGCAGAUGGGUGGGUCUGGCAGAUCUUCGUUUGGUGCUCCACCACCAUCACAGCCAUUGCAGCCGAUUGCUCCACCUCCAUUAGGUAUGAUGCCACCUAUACAGUCCGCCCAACACACAUCAACAUUUGGAAAUGCUCCACCAGUUCGAUCUACUUCUAGUAUGAGCUAUUCUAGCUCGGUUGGUAAUGGUAUAGCUCCUCCCCCACUUCAUGGUCAGCAAAGAUUGCCUGCACAACAGCCAUACUUUCAGGGAGGUAAUUCAGGCGCACCUCCGCCAACGACUUUUGGUGGUCCAUUUCCUCCCCCGCCUGUGGGAUCCUUUAGUAUGCCUCCGCCUCCUCCACAAUGAGUUGUAUUGAUUCGUUAGGUAUUGGAUUGCAAAGAAAUAAAGCAACUUUCUUGAAAU